AUGGCAUCUGGGCAACCCGCAUAUGUGGGUCUGGAGGCAGACGACAACGAUUUGCCCACCGACCAACAUGGCACACAAUCAUUGGCCUAUUCCAGUAAUAUGAUCUUUCCGAAGACGGCUUAUGUCGGCGUCUCACUGGAUGACGAUAUCGACACAGUAAACGUCGACGUGCGAAGUAUUCAAUCCUCCCGGACUCAAGCCAGUGGUUUCAGCAGACUUACCCAGACAAGCUAUCGCUCUAAUAUUGCUCUUUUCACCACCCAGGCACAUGAACAAGCCUCGCAUGCCGCUUCAACUAUGCAACAGAACUUUUACCAGCUCUUCAGCCGCGAAUUCUGGCGCACUUUGCCGUCACACUCUAAGUCAUGGUGGCAAGAGGCCUACGCAGAUGUGAAAACUUUGAGACUCCGCCACCAGCUUUGGCGUUUUACAAACGUGAUUGGUCCGAUCGCGAUAAUCAUCGCCCUGAUCGUCGUGAUGAAGAUUGUCACUUUGAAAGAUCUUUAUCCUGUCCACGAAGCUUGUCGCCCCGAUUCGGGUUUCUAUGUUGGCGACGCUGAGUAUAAUAUCUGGGCGCGUGAUGGGUUUUUUCAAAUCACUUUGGCUUUUGGAGAAUUUCCGUUCUCGACCGCGAAGAUCAUCGACGUGGCUUGGGAUAUCGUUGUUGGCCGCGGGGGUCAAGGGAUACUGGUCUGGGUAUGUUUCGUUGUCUAUGGUAAAGCACUUGUGCGCUCCAUGGAGUCAACAUCUGUGUCUUUCGGCACUUUUGAAGCCAUCACCUUGCAAUCCGGAUCAGUCACUGGCAGUCUAAAAUUAGCGCGAGAUCUACUCAAGCACCCCAGCAUACAGGCGAGGUUUAUGGUCUUUUGGGUGAUUACAAGUGCAAUAUUUGUUUUGUCAUUCCCUACAAUGGCUAGCGCAAUGAGUGGUUAUGCCGCCAAUAUCAAGUCAUAUGUUGAUGUGGGUGAAGGGGAUAUGGUUGGAUACGCAAGUUUCAGCCUUGUUAGGUACAUCAUACACGAUGGCGACAGGCUGGGUGGCAACUUCGGGAAAGACUAUAAAGUCCUUGUUGGCAAAUAUUCUGAGCGUACCGAGAUUGUGGAUGUGCAAGAAUCGGAGGACUGCAUUGCGCCAUAUUAUCCACAUCAAAAUUAUGGCGUUGACGAUUUGGAAUUGGAUUGGAGUGAUGCACAUGCGGUACCAGAAUGCGAGUUUUACUGGCAUGUCUCCGAAUACGCGUUCAACUAUGGCUUUCUGGGUAUGAAUCAAACCAAUUCAACCUUCAACAACAGCGGGACCAUCAUCAAUCUACCUUCGCCGGCCCUGAAUAUUAGCGCAAUAUUCUGGAACGAGAGCUGGAUCUCUGCCGCUGAAGAUGCCGAUUGGUGGUAUUAUCCGUACGGCGUCCAUUGGAAGUCUCCCAGCGGCGACACCCCCUUCGCCCGGACACAACAGCCUUUGUUCUCCAAUGGUGAAUUCACCUUCGAAAUCGACAAGAUCAAUGAGCUUGGCCGAUGCCAGCAGUCCAACACAAGCUACAAAUGGGGUUUCUCAUUCCUCAUCCUCUUUGUUGUUCUCUUGCUGUUCGCUGUAUGGUGCGUGGGAAUGUACGCUCUUUGGAUAGACGCUUUUCUACAUUCACGUGUAGACAAUGCUGGCCGGCAUAUUGGCCUUCAGCGUGCGGUAUUGGAUUUAGCACAUGUUAUGCGCAAUGAUAUCGGUGAUGACCUCCCAGAGAUGGCAUCCAACAAUCAGGUCAACGAGAAGGUCCGCAAGGACCUGAAAGGAGGAAGAAUAUCCUACCAAAUGUUGAACCCUGAGUUCAUGCCCAUGAGCAGGUGGACUGAGUUCAGGUUGCGUUGUCGAGCAAAAGGUUCGAUCAAAGCAUGGGCCAAGGCGGAAUGGCCAUGGAUUGCUUUCUUCCUUCUCUCAGUUGGGUUUCUGGCCUCAGCAAUUGGAGGAACGCAUGCACCCGUCUUCACGGCGUUCUUCCUCUGUUAUGGUAGCGCUUCGGCGCUUUAUGCUGGGUCCUCUCACAAGGGGCGUUGGCUGGUAUUUCUAGUCUGCUGUGCUGUCGCCAUCAUCUUAGGGCCCAUCGGCCCUUACGUAUAUCUGGAUAAAAACCAUUACGGAGUCGUCUGGCUCAGAGAUGAUGCUUAUUAUGCACUCUCGUGGUGGUACGGAUAA